AUGAGAGUUAUUGUUGGAGUGUUUUUAAUAUUAUCGAUAUCGGCUCAAAACCCACUUUACAAAAGUCUCGAGCUUUUCAAGAGAAACCAAUGGCAGGUCAACAAAGUCCUCAAAUCUCAGGACCAGAGAUUCGUCGGUCGCAUGGACGAGAUCGAGGCCGCCAUAAUUAAGCAAAAUGAUGUUAUCAGACACACAAUGUCACAAGUUGAUAAACUCACCAAAAAUUCCGACGAGUCAGAAGAAGCCCUGAAUGUGGCCGUAGGAAAGAUUGAGAGCCUCAGUUCCAAGCUGGAGGAAUCCGAUGCGAAAUUCAUCGCGGCAGCUAAGGAGAUUCAAGCGCUCAAGUCAAAGCUCGAAAGCUCAGAGCUCAAAGUGAGACUCUUAGAAGAUCGGAUCAGCGAUGCUGAACAUGCAGAUUUUUCCGCUCAAGAUGGACCUGAGACAAUUAAAGACAUUGCCGUAAAAGCACCUGCUUCGAGAAUUGAGAAGAAUCCUCCAGUGGCGGUGAAAGCACCUAAACCUGAGAAAGUUCCAGUUGUCCAAGAAAAGACAGAUGUUCCAAAGCAAUCGGCAGCAAAAACUCCUUCAAAGCCCGUUCUUGUUUCUGGUGUUCCUAAAGCUGACAACGAGGACGACUCGUCAAGUGGAUUUGCUGGAUUGCUUAGUCAAUUAAAAGAACGUCCUACUAUUGCUCCAACAGAAGCACCAAAAUUGAUUGGUGAUUACGACGAAAGAGGCUGCGCGCCUAUUGCUCAAGUGUCAGAAACUGCCGGCGGAUGGGUCCACACGAGCUGGGUUGAUGGAGGCGAUGAUAGCAGCACUUCUUUCAAUGCAUUUGCUUACGUUCCACUUCCGGAAUUUGUUCCUUCAGAUGCGAAAAUAUUGAUGAAAUUCAAUGGCGUCGCAUCGGAUAUUCAAGUGUGGCAGGCCUCACCAAAACGUAUUUCCUCGGAUGGUGAUCUUUGGUUGUUUACUCCAACUGAUUUCAAUGUCGUCAAACAAAAUGCUGGAAGCACAUGGAAAUUCAACUUUAUAGCUACAGUAGCUAGCAGCGCACCAACAAUGGAACUUUCUCUUUGCAAAAACUUCGAUGCGCCAGAAGUAGUGGAAGAUACGAUCAUGCUUUUAGAUUAUGGAAUUUACGAAAACGAAAAGGAAAGCGCAGAAGAAAGUGAAGAGUACGAUGAAGACGAAAUCAUGCUUGAUUAUGAUUUAUCAACAGAAGAAAAACCAUUAGACAUAAUUUCCGCUUUAGGAAUGGUGCCGGCACCUAAGCCAGCAAAUGCUCGUCCGAAACCAGUUUCGAAUUUUAGACCACCUAUCGGUGCCCCGAUCGGAAGUUUUAAUCGCCCGUCCACGAAUCGUAGGGUCAUAUCGGGUGGAAGAUGCUCUAAGCCGGCAGGACAUGCUCCAGUUAAUCCGACUCAAAUCUCAGCCAAUUUUACACCAUCCCCUGUCGAGGAGCUCGAUGUUUUCCAAUACGAUCUCAAUGAAGUCUUGCACAAGUCGAUUCUUUUCUACGAAGCCCAGCGCGCUGGUAAAUUGCCUGAAAAUAACAGAGUUCCAUGGAGGGGAGAUUCUGUACUAACUGAUGGAUGUGAUAUUGGUGUUGAUCUCAGUGGAGGAUGGUUCGAUGCGGGCGACCACGUAAAGUAUACUUUUCCUGCUGCUUUUACAACCACAAUGCUCGUUUGGUCCAUCCUCGACUAUGAAGAUGCAUAUGAAGCCGCCAACGAAUUGGAAAAUGCUCUUGAUCAAGUACGCUGGAAGCUUGAGUGGCUUUUGGCUGCACACCUUAGUCCAAACGAGUUGGUCGUCAUGGUUGGCGAUCCAAAAGCUGAUCAUGGCCGCUGGGGUCCCCCUGAGACUCUAAAACUCCGUCGCCCUACUUAUGUGGUAAACCAGCAAAAACCCGGUACAGAACCGGCCGCAGAGACUUCAGCAGCACUAGCAGCUGGGUACUUGCUUUUUAAAACACGUGAUCCAGAAUUUGCUGAGCGUUGCCUUACCUCUUCAAAACAACUACUGGAGUUCUCUGAUAGAAAUCGUCAAAACUAUCACAAAAGCGUUCCUGAGGUGACUGAAUUCUACAAAUCGUGGUCUGGCUAUGAAGAUGAACUUUGUUGGGCAACAGCAUGGGUUUAUAAAGCAACUGGCGAUGUUGCUUACGGUCGACUGGCAAGACAUUAUUAUGACACUUUCAAUUGUGGCAAAAUUGAAGAGUCGUUUGACUGGGACAAAAAGCAGGCUGGUGUCCAACUUCUGAUGGCACAAAUAACGGGCGAAGACAAGUACAGGAACGACGUUAACCGUCACGCAGUCCAUCUCAUAUCUCGGCAAGCCACAUCGCGAGCAGGGCUUCUUUGGUUCCACAAAUGGGGCUCUCUUCGAAUCGCCAAUAACUGGGGAGCAUUUCUUCUAGGAGCUUCUCAGAUUGAACCUAAGCUUGCACGAGCCGGUGAAUUCGCACUCAAAGGCAUCGAACAGUUGGGAUACUCCCUUGGCGAUCAAGGGCGCUCUUAUGUCGUUGGAUUCGGACACAACCCGCCAGUAAGACCACAUCACAGAGCUGCUAGUUGCCCUGGCGGCAGCAGUGAUUGUGGAAAUAUGCUGCAUUCAUCUAAGCCUAACCAUUGGGUUCUUUAUGGAGCUCUUGUAGGUGGGCCUGAUCAAAAUGACCGAUAUUACGAUAAACGAAGCGAUUACGUCAUGAACGAAGUCGCUAUUGAUUACAACGCUUGCUAUCAAUACUCAGCUGCUGCACUGAAACAUAUUCUUAUCAAUGGUUAA